AUGAGCACUUCUGGACGAGGUCCCCCACCUCACCACAACGAAUACCCAGACCACGACAAGAGCCGAAGGAAAAACUUUCAUUCAACAUCGUUUUUGCCAAAUUCUCAGAAGCAACAAGAGCUUAAUACGGCUCGAACAGGUCAGGAACGACUCCUGGUCGGUAACGAUUCUCGAGAUUACUCGCGUACGAAUUCCCAUGGUUCGUUCCCGCUGAUACCGAACCACACGCUGCCUCACUCCAACCCCGAUGGCUGGCCCCGUCUUCACUCCCCCCGUAAUGGUACCGUACGUCAAAAUCAUCAAUCUUCCAAGAAGUUGCCCCAUCUGCCAUCAAGUCGUUCCACUUUGAACACCACUCGCGGCAACCGCGACAACGCCCACAGUAUAAGCCAUUAUUCUGGAAAUGUUGAUCGAUAUCACCUGAAUUCACUGCAUCAUUGGACUUCGCGCCUGCCUGUUGCAUUAAGCAAGCAAUUAUCUAAUGAAGAAGUCACCGCUGUCGCCGCGGCCGCUCUGGAAGCAUUCACCAGCCAUCCUGACAUGGUCGCGCUGGAUAUUGAUUAUGAUGAGGAAAUGCAAGAGGAGACGUUUGAAGCGCCGUUACCUCGGUCUGAUAUGGAGGCUUCACCUAUUAUAGCGCACCCGCCAGUUGUUGAUGUGACGCGUCAUGCAUGUGAUCUGCUUGAACUGGAGAUUGCCUAUACCACAGCUUAUCCCCUCACUUUGAUCGAAACACAAUAUAAUGAGCUUUGUGACGAAUUCAAGAGUGUGAUGCCAAAUGAUGGGCAAGGUAAUUCUUACUCAAAAUAUUCACCAAUGCAUCCUAUCAAAACCCUUUCUGAAUAUCCAUGUUACAAUCGCAAUAUUUCCAAGUUUAAGCAUACCAAGCACUUGCGGUUAUUAUCUUCACUCAAAAGUCAGCGUGAUAGCUUACGUUCCAAAAAGUUGAAACUCGUUAGAGAAUAUCAAGACCGUAACCGCAUUUGGCAGAGGGAACGUGAAUGGAUGGAUCAGCAAAUCCGACUACUUCAUCCACCUGAUGAUGAGAUGCGUCGUGAAAUUGAUUCGCUGGAUAUCAAAAAACAACAGCUGCUGCCACUUUUGCCCGUGGAACCGGAACCUAUCCCUGAUCAGAUUCCACAAUCAUCACGCCGUUCAAGAGGAAGACGCGGUGAUUUGGUGGCUUCUGAGGCUGAAUUCCAAGAAAUAUUACAGACUCUUGGGAAAGAACUGGAUGAGGAUCCCAUAAUUCGAGCUGAGCGGCAUGCUGCCACUAUACCCGACUUGAUUUUGGACCCAGUCCAGAGAUACUAUGUCAGAUUCAUGGACUCCAAUAAUGUCGUUCGCGAUAAGGAUGAGUGGGCACUGCGUGUCAAGACUGACUUCGUUGAUAAUUUUUCGGAGCUGGAACACAAAUUAUUUUGUGAAGCGUGGUGCCUUUACCCGAAGAAGUUUGGUGCCAUAUCUCGCCAUAUUGGUGGUUUGAGAACGGCGCUGGAUUGUGUUGUUCAUUACUACGCGACCAAGAAGCAAGUUAAUUACAAGCAAUUGCUUCUUCAGUAUAAAAAGAAAGCUGCUGCGGCUCGCAAAAGUCGUAAGUCAAAGUCGCUGCGGUCCCGCAAUUCGCCUCAAAGUCAAAGCUCUGAGAACCCUUCACUGGGGGAUUUCGUUAUUCAACAAAUAGACUCACCCGAGGCGCCGAUUAUUGGUUUAUUGGGCCAACUGGAUGUUGAUGACGUAAAAACUCGGAAGCGUUCAUCUGCCCCAAAGGAUGAAAAAAAUCGAAGAAAACGCAAGAAAGAGGAUGAGACAGAGGUGUCAGAGUCGCAGGCCAUCCCAAUUACCACAAAUGGUACAGAUGGGAACAUGGAACAUUCACAAGCUUCUUUAGCAGGACGUGAUUCGGAAACGAUAGCAGCUUGCGAAGAUGCUGAUUCUACUAGUGAUGAUAAAAAGCUGAGUUAUUGGUCAAUCACCGAAAUCCUGAUGUUCCCUGAUCUUCUUCUCAAGCACGGGUCAAGGUGGAAUGAUAUUGCGGAGGAAUUGCUGACGAAAUCUGCGGUCAUGGUUCGUAAUUAUUUUUUACGAAAUGCUGAUAAAUACAACUGGAGUCUGAUUGUCGAAACAGUUGAUAAUGGUAUGGAAGUGCCUCUUGGACUGUUUAGACAUCAGCCUCCAACAGCUUCAGUUCAAACAGAACAACUUGCGAAGGUCAAUAUUAAUCUGCUAUUGUCCGAUACGUCUCCUACAAAACCGACAGUGUUGGCUCCUGUAAACGCUGCAGUUAUCCCCCAAGCUGCAGCCACUGCUGUCGCGGCCCCUUCACUUCCGUCACCUCCCAUCCGCUCCUCCAUUAUGAGUCUUUUGAAUACUGAAACUGAGUCCAACCCGGCAGUGGUGGUGCCGGCCCAUCACCAAAACAAAUUACUGGAUAUUUUGAAUUCGCUGCCUGCUCCACAAAUUCCAGUAGUGGUGGCCCCUUCACGUUCGUCGAAACACAAACUCGCCGAUCUUUUAUCGGCUGAGCCAAAUUGA